AUGGAAGUUGAAGCGCAAUACGUUCACGAGGUAUACACCCGAUUAGCAUCGCACACAGCACAAAAUGAUUCCAGUAAAAAACUUCGCAUUUGGCCAAAUGUAAAAUCAUUUAUAAGCAGCCUUCCGAGCGGUUCUGUUGUCAUUGAUGUCGGCUGUGGACAGAUGAAGUAUAGAAUCGAUGACGGCUUCUUGUUGGGUAGCGACAUGUGUCCUGGUGUACUUCAACAAAUAUACAAACAUCCACUUGCCGAUGUGCAUCUUGCAGAUGCACUCUACUUACCUUACAGGUAA